UCCGGUUUUCACUACACCCCACGCGACAAGUUGCUGUUGCCGGUACAAAAACAAUUUUUUCGACAUUUAUUUUUAACGAAUGUUUUAAAAUGAUUGGAAAAGCAAGAUUUAUGACACGUAGUUUAGGAAUUAUUCGGAAUUCUGUAGCUCAUCCAGAUGUUUUCCCAUCAUCUUCAUCAUUCAUUCCGUUAUAUCCUCUUCAAGUGCGACAAAGGUCUACUACGCCAUUAAAUACAAUAAUAAUGUUUGUGCCACAGCAAGAGGCUUGGAUUGUAGAAAGAAUGGGAAAAUUUCAUAGAAUUCUAGAGCCUGGUUUUAAUAUGUUAGUUCCCAUUAUUGAUAAAAUAAAAUAUGUCCAGAGCUUGAAAGAAAUUGCUAUCGAUGUACCGAAGCAGAGUGCAAUUACAGCAGAUAAUGUUACUCUGGAUAUUGAUGGUGUUUUAUAUCUUAGAAUAAAUGAUCCUUAUUUGACAUCUUAUGGAGUUGAAGAUCCUGAAUUUGCUAUAAUACAGCUCGCGCAAACUACAAUGAGAUCUGAAUUAGGAAAAAUUUCUUUAGAUAACGUCUUUAGAGAAAGAGAAGGUCUUAAUGUUAACAUUGUUGCCAGUAUAAAUAAAGCUAGUGAGGUUUGGGGGAUUACUUGUCUUCGAUAUGAAAUUCGUGAUAUAAGAUUACCAACGAGAGUUCAAGAAGCAAUGCAAAUGCAAGUGGAAGCUGAACGUCGAAAGCGAGCAGCAAUUUUAGAAUCUGAAGGUAUUAGAACUGCAGAUAUCAAUGUUGCUGAGGGUAAAAGACAGUCUAGAAUUCUUGCAUCAGAGGCUGAGAAACAGGAGCAAAUAAAUAAAGCAAGUGGAGAAGCUGCUGCACUUUUGGCAGUUGCCGAAGCUCGUGCUAAGAGUCUUCAAAUGGUUGCAAAUGCUUUAAGUUUACAAGAUGGUAAAGAUGCAGCUUCAUUGAGUAUUGCUGAACAAUAUGUUCGAGCAUUCAAUAAAUUAGCAAAAACAAGUAAUACAUUAAUAAUUCCAAGUAAUGUAUCUGAUAUCUCCGGUGUUGUGACUCAAGCAAUGUCAAUAUAUAAACAUAUUCUUCCUUCACGAAAAAAUCAAUCCCAAUUACACAAUCAAACUAAAUUUGAUGAAAAUAAUGAAACUGAUGAAGUAUAUGAAUAUUACAGCGAUAAAGAAGAAGCUGAAAAACAUAAAGAAAUAAAAUCACAAUCUUCAAAAUUACUUUAGAGCAGUAAUAUGAUUAAUAAAUUUUAAUUUAAAUCAUUAA